CAUAUAUUUUGGUAUUGCAAAGGGAAUCCGUUUAGAAGAGAACUUUUAGAUCCUGUCAAAUCCCAACGUGUGCAUUUACCCUAUGUUACAAAUAACUUUUCUGUAUACAGAUAUUUGUAUGCAUCAGUGGAAAAAGUUGAAAGAGCAUGCAUUUUUUGCAGUAUUUUUUACUGAGGCUGGACUGCUAUGGGAACGUCCAUAUAUUACGUCAUCAUUUUAGUGGGUGGGUGGGUUAGGUCUUCCUAUCUGUCCCAUGUUAAAUUUCCUUUAAUGCAUACGUUGGGUGGAUGGGUGCUAAAAUCGAGAAUUCUUGAUGACGUAAUAUAUGGAUGGGCCCUAUGCAGAUCCAGGGGUCGCAUCCCAUCUCUAUCAUCUACAUAAAUAUCAAGAGCAGUAAUACAUGCAUUUGUACAUAUAUGUACAUGCAUAUUCUCUCUCUGAAUAGAAUUUCUACUGGCAGAGUUAAACAAAAAUUGGAUUAGAUAAUUAUAGUCGAAGAUUACAAUCUUCAAUGUCUAUGCUACCCUAAAGCAGUCUACAUACAUACUUAUUUAUGGACAAAUAUGAAGAAUAUCAAGACAGAUUUGGGUAACACAUUGAAAGCCGGAUUUUAAAAAAGUGAUGCGUUCACAUUCAUGUACCUACGCGUAAUUCCAUUCAACACGCAUAAUCUGGAAAUGAGCAAAAAACAAAUGAGUCUAAAUAUAGUAUUCUCCAGUUUGUACACCGGAAAGUUUCCGGUGGAAACUGAACGUCAUUCCGAGUGUUUAAGUUUUGGUAACCAAGAUCAAGAUCAACGUUUUAAGAGCGAGUUUGCUCUUACAGCAUCAAUUUAUGGGAAAAGUUUAUUAGCAGUUCUAUCAAAGCUCAAAAUAAAAUUGGCUCCAAUACUUCAUACUUGUCACAAUUGGAUGGAUCCAAUUUUAUGGUUUCACAGUGAAAGUCCUCAAUCUGCAUUGAAUUUAAAAGCAAGACAGAUAAGUACAAACGAAUUAAGUUCAACGACAACUGGCAAAACGGAACCAGUAAGAACGAAUAAGAACAUGCUAAAGGAGACAGCCAGCAUUUUGAUUAAAACACCGAUCAAAUUGAUCAAAAACAAAGACCACGUUACGCGUCCACGCAAGAAAAAGUUGGGUGGAACAGUAUGUUGCCAAGAGUAUUGUUAUGAAAAUCAUUGUUUUUCACAUGCCAAUUUUGCAAAAAAAUAAAAAAAUAGGAAGCUAUUGAGUUAUGGCUAUGUAAUUAUAAAAUAUGUCACAUGCACGUUUAUACCGAGCAAGAUUAGAUUUUUUUCAGAAUAAAUCGAUAUACUAAUUGGUAUUGAAAAAUA